GAGGUAGAUUGGCGGUGAGAAACUGAGAAUCUCUUCUCUUCCGGAGCUCUACCUGUACAUUUCUAGGGUUUUUGCAUCUUCACGCAGUGACGUAGGCUUUCAGAGAUGGAUAUUGAUUCUGAUUUUCAAAAAUCGAAUAACCAGCCAGAGGAGGAGAGCUCGUCGAUGCAAAUGGAUUCUCAGGGAAGCGGUGAUGAAAAAGAGAAGCUUAUGGAGUCCAUGGAUAAGUUAAAUAUCGAGGGAACUUCAACAAAUUUCAAGAAAAAACCGGUUAUAAUUAUUGUUGUUGGGAUGGCAGGAAGUGGAAAAACAACAUUCCUCCAUAGGCUGGUUUGCCACACACAAGCUUCAGAUAUAAGGGGUUACGUUAUCAACCUCGACCCUGCUGUUUUGACCCUCCCAUUUGGUGCAAACAUUGAUAUAAGGGACACUGUUCGAUACAAAGAAGUGAUGAAGCAGUUUAAUCUUGGGCCUAAUGGAGGAAUUCUUACAUCACUCAACUUGUUUGCUACCAAGUUUGAUGAGGUUGUUCAAUUAAUAGAGAGCUGAGCAGAUCAGCUUGACUAUGUUCUUGUGGAUACUCCUGGUCAGAUUGAGAUAUUUACUUGGUCUGCUUCAGGAGCUAUCAUUACAGAAGCUUUCGCUUCAACUUUUCCUACUGUAAUUACCUAUGUUGUGGAUACUCCUCGUUCAGCCAGUCCAUCCACCUUUAUGAGCAACAUGCUCUACGCUUGUAGCAUUCUCUACAAGACACGGUUGCCUCUUGUAUUAGCAUUCAACAAGGUUGAUGUUGCUCAACAUCAGUUUGCUUUAGAGGUAUUAUUUAUUUCUACAGAAGAAGACUCAUCCAGAUAUUUUUCUUUUGAAUUAAAUGGUAAUGGCAGAAAUGCUUCUGUUGGGAUCUUGUUUUUAUUUUUCACAUUGAUUGCUAUUUAAAACUAUUGCUUAUUUCCAUAAAAAAUAAAAAAAAAACACUAUU